AUGGAGGUGGAGAAACCCCUGCUGGGACCCGAGCCACCAACUCUACUGAAGACCUACAAAUGGCGAACGGCAGCACCCAUGGGUGACCGGGAACCCGACCGGGGCACAGGGUCCCCGGGCAGCCGGCGCUGGACCCGGUUGCAGGGGUGGAAACGUUCCUACAGCCAACCCGAGUCUGAAGGUCCCGAUGACGGGGCUGGGAAGGGAAGCUCCAGCUUGGGGGCACCCAAGGCCAGCACCCGCAGGUCCCUCUUCCAACGGGCUUUUUCGGCCCCCUCCAAGGGGACCAAGGAGACACGGGCACCCGAGGGUGGCAAGGCCACCCUGCAGAAGUACCUGCGCUCCAUGUCCAAGAAGAAGGGUCACGUGGAGAGCGGUGCCAGGGCUGAGCAAGUGCUCCAGGAUGCUGUUCCAGCACCCAUGAGCACCCAUGGGGCGUCAUCGAUCCCGCUGGCUCCAGCACCCAAUGCCCCGGUGUGGGAUGUCUCCAACUUCUCGCUGGUGGAUGGACAUCUCGUCCUCGUGGGCAGGGACGAGGAGGCUUCGUGCAGGAGCAGGAACCGGACGGGGAGCUCCAUCUCCGAGAGCACCCACGUGCACCCAGCGGGUGGCAGGAGGGACCCCGACCUGGCUGCGGAUGAGAGGAGCACCCGGGGUGCCGGGAGAAGCACCGAGAGCGAGACCUCCCCCACCUCCCAGUUCAGCAAUGUCAAGGGGUUGUUGUGGAAGAGGCUCCGGGAGCGGAAAGGUCGCGGCAUCCACAAAGCCGAGAUGCCAGCGGUGACGGUCCCCGACAGUGAGAGGGUCCCCAGUCGGAGCGGUUCGCGGGAGUCGCUGCUGCCACCACCCAGUGCGGCCGAGCUGGACCUCACCGGGGAUAAUGUCAUCGUCCGACCUGUGCACGGCAGCAUCGUGGGCGAAAAGUUUUGCUUUCAGAUCAUCACGGGCGAGGGCAGCCGGUCCUUCGGGUGCACGUCCCUGGCCGAGCGCGACCGCUGGAUCGAGAACCUGCGCCGGACCGUGCAGCCCAACAAGGACAACUGCGAGCGGCUGGAGCUGGCGCUGAGCCUGUGGGUGUACGAAGCGCGGGACCUACCACCUCGGCGUCGCCUCCGUUGUCACCUCCACCUGGACGGCACCCUCUUCGCCCGUACCACCGCCAAGGUGGCCAGUCCUGACGGCGAGCUCUUUUGGGGUGAACUCUUCCAGUUGGCUGCCCUACCACCCACCCGUGCCCUCACCCUCACCCUUUGCCGCGAUGACCACCCCGGUCAACCGGUGGCCUCCAUCACUGUCCCCUUGGCUGAGUUGGCAGCCGCCCGGCAGCCCUUGGAGCGCUGGUACCCGCUGAGCGGUCCCGGGGGAGGCGAGCGGGUGCCUUCGGUGAGGGUGCGCGGACGCUACCGGGAGGUGCGGGUGCUGCCCAUCGUACGCUACAAGGAGUUGGCUGAGUUCAUCACCUUCCAUUACCGGGAGUUGUGCGCCCGUCUGGAGCCCACCAUUGCCGUGCGGCACAAGGAGGAGCUGGCCGGUGCUCUGGUCCACGUCUUGCAAAGCACCGGGAAGGCCAAGUCGUUCCUCAUCGACCUCGGUGUGGCCGAGCUGGACCGCUUCGAUGACCGUGAGGCACUGAUCUUCCGUGAGAACACGCUGGCCACCAAGGCCAUCGACGAGUACAUGAAACUGGUGGGGGGCAAGUACCUCCAGGACACGCUGGGUGAGGCCGUGGCCCAGCUCUGCACUUCGGAUGAUAGCUGCGAGGUCGAUCCCAGCAAAUGCGCCGGCCUUGACCUCUCCGACAACCAGAACAACCUGCGGCAGGUCUGCGAGGAGACCUUCCAGCGCAUCGCCGCGUCCUGCGACGCCUUCCCGGCGGAGCUAGGCGAGAUCUUUGCAGCGUGGCAGGAGGAGUGUGCGGCGCGGGGCAAGGCGCCCAUUGGGCAACGCCUGGUCUCGGCCUCCCUCUUCCUGCGGUUCCUCUGCCCCGCCAUCAUGUCCCCCAGCCUCUUCGGCCUCGUCCAAGAGUACCCGAGCGAGGCCACCGCUCGUACCCUCACCCUCGUGGCCAAGGUCAUCCAGAACCUGGCCAACUUCACCACGUUUGGCGAGAAGGAGGCCUACAUGGGCUUCAUGAAUGAAUUUUUGGAGCACAACUGGAGCACCAUGACAGACUUCCUGCAGAGUGUGGCCAACCCUGAGAGCAGUGUCCACAUGGCCACGUACGAUGGCUACGUUGACCUGGCCCUGGAGCUCGCCACUCUCCACCUCCUGCUCUGUGACAUCUUCUCCAGCCUGGACCAGGCCACGCAGGAGGAGCUGGAGCCCCUGCCCACCAUCCUCACCGCCAUCAGGGAGGGGACCCCUGUCCCCGUCUCUGUCCGGCUCAGCUCCACCGCGGAGCGAAGCCCGGCAGAGAGCUUCAAACCAGGCUUCGUGCCACCACGGGACCUGAGCAAGCACAGCCCCCUCAUCAAAAGUCAGUCCCUCAUCAGCAUCCGCCGCGUCCGGGGCCGUGAGGACGGGCCAGAACCUGAGCCAACACCGGCACCGGUACCGUCACCGCCACCCGGCCGGGAACGCCGCAACGUGCAACGCACCCAGAGCGUGCCAGCACAGAGCAAAGCUGCCCGGCGCCUACGCAAGCAGAGCAGCGCCGAGCACAUGGCAGAGCCACCAGCUGAGGACAACCCGGGGGCCCUUGUUCCCCGUGAUACCCCGGGUCGCGGGAAGCUGCGCUCGUCGGUGUCGCUGCCGCGCAAAUCGACGGUGCCGUGGCAGCGCUACGCGGAGGAGGCAGCGGCGGCGGCGGCACAGGGCGAGCUCUACGCCAUCCGCCCGUUGGAGAAGCAUGGGCGGUUGAUCGAGGUGCUGCGGAAGGAGGUGGCGGAGAACCGGGAGAAGUUACGGCUGACGGAGACGCGGGUGGGCGAGAUGGAGGUCCAGCACCGUGGGUUGCGGCAAGAGCAGGGUCAGCACCGAGAGCAGCUCGAGUGUCUCCGGCAGCAGCUGGAGGAGGCGAACGCCCGCGCGGCCAAUUUGGGUGCUAGGUUGACAGCGGCUGAAGGCACCAGGAAGAAAGACCUGGAGAGGCUGAAGACCAGCGAGGAGAAGAACCGAGAGCUGGAGAGACGGCUGUUGGCGCUGGAGAGGGAGCAGGCGGAGCUGCGGGGUGCCGUCGCCCAAGCCCUGGGCCACCCCGGGAGGACGGGAUGCCGGAUGCCGGCGCGGGGUUGGGACGAGAGUGGUGACGACGCUCAGGCCACCAGCGUGUAA